AUGUCUAAACUAACUUCCCUCUCCAAUGAUUCUCUGAUGGAUAUUUUAUUAUUCUGCAAAAAUGAUUUAAAAACUGUGAUGAGUUUGGCACUAACAUGUUCCGAUUGUUAUCGUACUGUAACAGAGAGUUUCGAUCGGUUUUGGAUUGUUAUUUUGAAUGAGAUGGCUGAACGGAAUCCUACUGGUUUUAAGUCAAAGACUCUUUCUAUUGUGAAUCAUCCAUUGAUUUCAAAGAGGAGUAUUAAAUUAUUGACCAUUGUUAAAUCACAAAUAAGAUUUGAGAGGAAACGAAAAAUUCUGAAAGAUUAUAAUGGGUUGGAAAUGUUGGCAAAAUAUAGAUAUUUUGAAAAUUUACAAAUUCAUGAUCCAUAUGUUAACAAAUUGAUUUCAAAAGAGAGAAAGGAAUCAUUGAGAUACUCUGCUGAAAAUAUACUCAGAGAGGUGUUUGAAGAUUCACAUAUUGCAUUAAUUGAUUGUUGGUUAACAAAAGUACACUCAUUUGAAGUUAAAGAUCUAAUCGAUGCUUUAUUUAGAAAAUCAGGAGCUCAUCUUGAAUUGAAUGUUAAGAAUAGAACCCAAUCAUCUUCAAUCUAUGACUUUUGGAAAACCCAGGAUCCUUCCUACCAAGACAAUCUAUUUCACUGGUACAAGGUAGCAUCUCUCUCAACAGUUGAUAGUACUCUCCUAUUUCUCAAGUUCUUUUUUCUUGAACUACCAAAUAAUUUAGUUUAUGGCCAAAGAGUUAGUGAAACUGGAUACGAACAGGAAAAGAGAAAUACUGGCGCAUUCAAGAAACAAUUAGAUAAUUUGACUGUUUACGCACAUCGUGUAUUGAUGGAAGCCAUUCAGAUUUUCAAAAAGGAACUUUACGAUGAGUGA